UAGAGGUGGGAGUGAGAGGGCGCGGGAGGGAGGCAGCACGCGUGCGAUCGCGCGUCGGCCUGUCGCGCGCCGCACACCGCCGCGAUCGCACGCCCCGCGCGUCCCCGCAGCGUCCGCGUCGCGAUGAGUGAACACUGAGCGAGUGCGUCGCGGAGCGCCUCGACUCGUUCUCAUGGAGUACCAGCACCCGCAAGCCCUCCAGCCGCUCGGGCCACCGGCGCCGCCACCGCAGCUGCUGCCGCCCGCGCCUCACCCGCCGCUGCCCACGCUGCCCCAGCUGCAGCACGGCCACGCGCAUGCCCAGGAUGACGACCGUUGGAGCCAGUAUCACAUCUGGAGACAGCACGUUUUCGUCAACGGCAAGUCGGUGAACAAUAAAGACACGCUCGAAGACAAGAAAGAUGACAACGAACUAUGGGAGGCGCAGGCCGCCUUCCUGGGGCCGAACUUAUGGGACAAGACGCUGCCCUAUGAUCCCGAUCUCAAGGUACAGGAAUACGUGGACCUAGACGAGUUCCUGUCGGAGAAUGGCAUGCAAGGAGAGGCGCUGGGAGGCGCGCACCUGGGCGGCUCGGCGUUCAGCGCGGGCGCGGGGCUGGCGUUGGGGCUGCAGGCGCCUGUCACCAAGCGCGAGCGCUCGCCCUCGCCCUCCGACUGCAUGAGUCCGGACACCAUCAACCCGCCGCUCUCACCCGCCGAUUCCACAUUUUCAAUGGCGUCGUCGGGUCGUGAUUUCGACCCCCGGACGCGCGCCUUCUCCGACGAAGAGUUGAAGCCGCAGCCCAUGAUCAAGAAGUCCCGGAAACAGGUAAAUGAAUUCGUGCCCGAUGACCUGAAAGACGACAAGUACUGGGCGCGCCGGCGGAAGAACAACAUGGCGGCGAAGCGUUCCCGCGACGCGCGCCGGAUGAAGGAGAACCAAAUCGCACUAAGGGCCGGAUACCUUGAAAAAGAGAACAUGGGGUUGCGACAAGAAGUAGAGCUGUUGAAGAAAGAGAACCACAUCCUGCGCGAGAAGUUAUCCAAGUACGCGGACGUAUAGGCGGCGGACGCUCCUUCUCGCCGGCACCUUCCCGCAUAGCACAAACACGCCAUUCGACAUGUCGCAGGCGCACCCUCGGCGCGCGUCGCCGCUGGCCGCGGACACCCUUCUUGCUUCCCGCCUCCGCCGUGCUGACUGCCACAUCUCACUUCAAUUCAACUUCUGAUCAUCCUCUCUCUGACAUGUCUGUCCUGUCGUUAUUUUACCCAGAAAGCUAUCUGAUGGUUUCGCCAGUUCGAUUGUUAUUUAUUCGUUUUAUAUCUACUUACACAUAAUAUUCCCACCAAACUGCUGAUUUGGUACUCAGUGAUCGUGAUACAUUUGGUUUGCCAGAAUUUUACACCAUUUAUGUAUAAAAUAUUACAAUGAAUUUUACCCCGUAUUUAAAAAAAUAUUUAUAUCGUGUCCGUGGAAUCAAUGACAUAGCGAAUCGGCAGUCCACCUGAAGUUCUGUAACAGGUUCUAAUGGACUAUCUUACAAAAUGUUGAAGUUACGUAGGAUUAAUCAAUAUUGCAGUUACCGUAAGUUUAUCUAGUUAGUUUAAUAGAUAAAAUGUUAACCAAAGUCCCAUUCGAGAUACGCUCCGAUCUAUCGUCGUCUCUAAUUCCUUCAAUUCGGACUGUGUCCGUCACUCAACAGGGUUAGCUAACGACGUACGGACCAAAAUUAUAUGGCAAAUUGUUAUUUUUGAAGGGUGUUUGUUGUAAGUCUGAUGCCGAGUGUGCACCGCGUCAUGUAUUCCGACCCGAAUGUGGAUUAUUGUAAUAAGUUAAUGUUGUUAAAUAUUUAUAUUGCGCCGGCAGGGACCGCGCGGCGCCCGCGCCGGACAGCUCGCGCACCGCUGUGGGCCGCCGCGCGCUAGAUUGCUCAAGUGGUUCGCGUACGCAUGCGCAAAUUAGAGGCUGCGUCUGUAUAUAGGUAGUUUUAAUGGGGCCCAGAGACGGCCCCGGGCCGCGUCCCGGACCUCGGAUCCUCUCCGAAUCUGUAUUAUAAAUGUUGCCGAAAGCUCCCCGUCCGUCCCUCGGUUCCGGCACGAAGGCAGCCUGUCCGCGCCGCGUCCGGGGCCGCUACCCGCGUUCUUGCGCCGCAGGUGUCUCACCGGCUCGCUUCGUAGGCCCGCUCUCAGAGAUUAACUGCCACGGUGGCGCUCUGGCGCCCAUCGCCUCUUCUAGCGCAUCACAUGCGCACCCUUUGUCGUUUACGUAGUGAGCGAAUACUAUAGUUUCGUUUCAAAUUUACUUAGUGAUAGUUUUAAGUAGUUGGUAGAUUCCGUAGCGUAGUUGUUAUUAGUCUAUUUUUGUUAUGGCUGUAGUUGUUAACGUUUUUGAAAGUUUAUAUUUUUUUAGUUGUAAACGGACUUGCGUUAUGGUAUCGUAUGGAUAGGACCCGUGAGUAGAGUCGGCGCGGGCGGGCGCGGCGAGGGUGGCGCGCCCGGCGCCGCCAUCGUCGCGCGCCGGCCUCCGCGGCCCAGCUGCGCCUCCCAAAGCACUGAAAGCAUCCUUUGAUGCUCCCCCGCACUCUAUUUGACUCGUGCUAAUGUUAAUAUAUAUUUUUGUAGGUUUUUGUCGUUGAUAAAUGAGUCAAUUGAAUGUUUAUUGAAUUGAAGAAAUUAAUGUUUAUAAACUAAGACUAAGAAGUUGUUGCAUUUGAAAGUAUUUUAUGGAUACAAAGCGAGAACAAUAAAAUGUUUUUUCUAUAAAAGUUUACAAGUGAGGGAUUCUAUAAAGGUGUGACGGUUGAACUUUUGAAAUGCACUGUUUCAUAUCAAAUGAUAAUUAUUACCUAUAAUAUGUAACGAACCUAAUGUUAAUUGGUCGCCCAGUGCGGCAUUUGAUACUCCAUCUUGUUUGUUAUAUUUAAUAUACAUUAACAUACGCAAUAUAUGUAAUGGUUUUGUAAAUCCAUACAUAAUAAUAUAAUUAAAUACGUUUCUUUGAAAAUUGUAACAUGGGUAUAGUUGAUAAUUAUGAUAGUUUUAAGUCUGGUUCACUCGACAGCGCCUCACGCCGGUAGCAUCGCUUAUGCAAUUGUAGGCCGCAGCGGGUGGCGGCUGUCUUGUGGAGCGGCCGCGAGGCGUCGUGAUAACGAGUUGUAUGUACGAACAUUACAGUUAGCUAUACUUAAACCUAAGCUAAGAGAAGUGUAAUAGUGUAUAAGUCGUUGAGCUUUCAAGCUGGCCCCUAAGGGAUAGCUCUUUGUCUAUUGUAAGUGAAACUGCACGUGCUAAUACUUACCUGCAUAAAAAAUGAUUGGCCUUUUUAACCGGUUACACGAAUUACCACUAUGAAGAUUGCAAUAAGGUUCAAGAUGAACAAACAGAAAAAUAAUUUGCGAUUUCUUGUGUGGGGGACCAAGACUUUCGACUCGCCGGCACUCAGUAACCGUAGAGGGAUCUACGGUUACUGAGUGCCGACGAGUCGAACGCUAUUGAACCAGUCUAAAAUGUGUCAUCGAGAUGCGUAACAAAGGCGCGUUAUUGGAGAGCGCACUUACACUGGUUUUUUUGAGCGUGGGGCUAGCCCGCGCUCAGGUGCCAAUUAGAAUUAUACGCCAAUUACUGACCCUUUUAUAGGGUUUUUGUAGGUAGUGCAGGUAGGCACGUGCGGUUUUACUUAACAAUAGUCAAAGGAUUAGCCGUUCGGGGCCAGCUACAAAUCGAACGACUAUACGUGAAGUGAAUCGGGCGGGGCGGCCGCGCGCUGCCCCGGCGCCAUUUUCCUCGCCUGGCAACGCCGCCGCGUUGUCCCUUCUCCCCCGCCCCACCCCCGCCUCACCACGUGCAUCAUCCACCGCCACCCUCCCAAACAGGUCCGCUCACUUCACUGUAUCCGGAACUACUCGCACCUCUUCCCGUUUACUCUAUUUAUUUGAUAAACCUGCUGUAUAACAUCCUCGAUUGAGGCUACUUUAUUUUUAAAAGUAGAUGUCUGUUAUCUUUGCAACAACAUAAAACCAUAUCGAUUUACUUGUACGAGUAGUGUUUUGUUUGACCGUAAUUUAUAUGGUUCUAUGGAUUGAAAUAAACGUUAAUUGUUGUAUU